AUGAUGUUGAUGUCAUUUUUAAAUGGAACGAAAAUAAUAUGGGGAAGAAGAAAAGAAAAGCCGUUCCUGUUGGCCAUUUUUAAAAAUUGGAAAAGUGUUGGGAAAACUUUCACCUCCUCGAGUGCCUACACCUCAAAAGGGAUCUCAGAAAGUGUGAACGGGGAGGACAGGUUCAUCCAGCUGCGGCAUUCGGACAGCCCCACCAGAUACCAAGAAAAUGGAAUAAUGAAGACAAAGAAUUGGCCGAAGAAAAAAAUCUCAAAAAAGAAAAAUGAACUUUAUAUGUUUCUAAAAAAAACAGGCAACAAAAAGGUAGACUUUCACGAGCUAAAUAUUGUACUAACAAAAAAGAUAGGGGAAAUGCAAAACUUUAAUGAAAUAUAUAAGUUGAUUUAUUACAACAAAGACAUUUUAGUCCCCCUAAAUUACGUUGUGUGUGUUUAUAAAAUGUACAAAUUGGCGAAACAGAAAGAGUGCAGAAUAGUGAACUACGAGAUGCACGUAAAUAGCCGUGUCGUUGGUGUAAGCAUAGAAGAGCUGUGUCGGAUGGCCGCCCUGGACCAAGUGAACGACUACGGAGAGAUAAGUCAGAGGGUGGCUAUGCAUGGGGGAGAAAGCACCUCCAUUGGAAGCAGCUAUGGAAGCGGAGAAGGGUGUGAUGUGUCAAAAAGACAGAAACCUCCGUAUAUGAUGAACCCAGAAGAACAACCACGCUAUCUCUACCUCGACUACAAAAACGAAAUAUUACAACACUUGGUGGACCAAAUAAACAAAAAUUAUUUUGUGAAAAAGUUAACCUACCGACACUUAUCAAACUUACUCUUUGCAUUGAUAAACUUAAAAUAUUACGACAUUGCAACCUACGUGAUGUAUGCCAAGCAUAUAAUCAGCAUGUAUGUCCACUUGUCAUCUCAGGCCAUCGCAAAUAUUACCUAUUCGUACGCUUUACUUUUCAGUUUCUACUCAAUCGAUUUUACAAUAUGUUAUAAAAAUUACGUGUACAAAUAUUACAUACCUACGGGGGAAAGUACAUCAGAAACGCUACAACAUGACCCUAUAAACUUGAUGUUCUUGCUCCUCAGUCGGUGGAUGUGCAUGAAGGCUAUCAAGCACUUUAACGCAAAUUGUAAAGGCAAGUACGACGUGGACAGUUUUUAUAAAGGCGUUUUAUCAAACACGGAAGAGUUAAAUGAAAAGGAAAAAAAAUAUCACUUACAAUUUAACGCACAAAAUGACAAAUAUGAAGAGAAGAAUUUUUUUCAAGAAUUUUUUAUCUUCUUAUGGAGCAUGUCCAAAUUAAAAAUUAACAACAUUUACAUCGAUUUGAUGCUCCAUACAAUUCACCAAAAUAGGAAAUAUGUUUUCCCAAAAUUUAACGAAAAGGAUAUAUGUAAUUUUAUACAAUCCGUGUCUACUUACUAUCCGAUGAAAAAAUUAAGUCAAUCGUGUAAGUCUAAUGCGAAUCGUUCUUACGAGGUUUCUCUGGGGAAUGCAGAGUCGUUUAUCCCUUUUGACUAUGAUGCCUUUUUGAGGAGUGCCCUCCUGUGUACCAUCUUCCAUUUGAAAAAAUGUAGUUAUCAACACUACGCGAUUAUUUUCAAGUGCCUUCGAAAUGUGCAAAACAUGGGUAAUACCCAUAACUGCGAGGACGUAACAAUUUGGGAUGAUCCCAUGUCUUGUUCAUUCCCAUGUGGAAACAACAGUGACACUCACUCGACUGAACCAGACCAUCAAUCCCAUUUUUCAUCAAAAAAUUGUUCAACAAAUAAAAAAGGAGAAGAAACACGCCUGUUGUAUUUUUCCAAAGCGAACUCUGUACAAAAUGUUUUAAAAAAGUUAUCAAAAGUUGUUGUAAAAAAUUUACUUACAAAACUUAGGAGCAGAAAUGAUGACAUUCUUUACCAUGUGAACUACUACAAGAGAAGCUCAGCUCUAAACUUACAACACUUGUCUGUAUACCUUUACAAUUUAUCCCUCAUGAAUGAAUUCUACGUGGAAGACAAGGAAAGGAAGGAACUGACCCAACGGCUAAUUUCCAUUUUGGAGACAGGAAUAAAACGUGUGCAUUCCUUUGAUAGCAAGAGCGCACAUGUAAAAUUGGAGGACAAUUUUUUGCAACAGAGUUAUGACAACCUGGUUUGUCUAAGCAAUAUAAACUACGCGUUAAAUAAAAAUAACAUUACCAACGAAUCUUUAGUAAUACACUCAGCAGUACAUUUCUUCAAAAUGUAUCACGUGUUUUACAAUGCGUGCAGAAAUGCGGAAAGGACGGCACCCUUUUUUAACUUUCUUGACAAAAUAAAUGAAAGAGUAUUAUCCAUUUUUAAUUGGACAUUUUCACACACAGGGGUGGCCCUCAUGCCAUUAUUCACUUUAAUUAAUUAUCAUUAUUUAUACCUUUUAUAUGUGAAAGACGCCCCAAAUAUGUUUGUCCUUUUAAAAAAAAUAUUACUACCAAUGACUGUAUACAAUAAUGUCACACUCUACCAGCUGCGCCUCAUUUUGAAGCUUCUAAUAAACUACUAUAUGUCUCACGUUGUCAAUAAAAGGGAAGGUGCUACUAAUUGCUUGGACACUCUGGAUCGUACCCACGAUGAUAUGCUAACUUGCAUGUACAGCUUGUCUUUAGUAAUAGCAAAUAUCUCGCAUAACAUACGGUGUGAGAAAGUCCCCGUGCAAGGGAACACCAAACUGAACAGUGACAAAGGCGAGUACGUCUAUUUUUACAUAAACUUGGCGCACAACUUGUUAAGAAGUUACUUCUACCACUUGUACAGUUUAAAUGCAGAAAAUAUAGAAAAGUACAUUUUGCAGCCCUCCCAAAAUGAAGACAACCUUAUGAAAUUUUACACCUUCUAUUUAUUUGUAAAAAUUAAUAUGAAUAAACAUGUGCAUUAUGAUAGGAAUGUUGUGAAGAAAUUUGUAAGCUCCAGUGCGGUACCCAAAAAAGGGUUUUACUUUUUGGAAAAGUUACUUACUUCCUUUUCAGAGGAGAACAGUGGCAGUUCGGGGCACAGAGAAGGUCGUCGGUAUGGAGAGUCAUUUGCACACACCGAUUUGGCGAUGAUCGAAGGGGCACAAAUGAGGAACAACUCGGGGAAGGAAGCGAUGGACGAAGAGCUAAUUGAAGAGACCCGCACGGUUGGCAAUUACCCGAAUGAAGGGAAUCAUGCUCAAAUGAAGGAAGAUAACAACAGGGAUGUUCUUCCACUGUACGCAAACAAUAUUGGCAACAGAAAUUAUUCCCCCAGGGAAAAUUUUGGCAUUUUUUAUUUAAUACAAAAAAGCAUUCACCCAAAGGAAAUAAAAAUGAAUAAAACAAACUUUCUAUUUUUAAAACAGCCGGAUGUGUCGAAAAUUUUAUUUAACCCACGCAUUGAUAACGACUUGAGAAAAGUGGAGGAGCGAGUCCUUUUAACGUUUAAAAAAAUAGAAAGCUCCAAAUCGCAUAUAAAGAUAUAUAACUAUAUAAAACAUAUUUACGAAAAGAAAAAAAACAGCACACAGAAAACCUUCCCUAUACAAAACGAAUACGUAGUAAAUAAGAACAACGCUCUUUUUGUGGUAGACAUUUAUGAUAAAAACACAAACACGAUAUUUGAAAUCGACGGAAUUAGUCAUUACACAAAACAAUACAUACCAAACAAAUCCCUGGACUCUUUUAGUUUUUUUUACAAUUACAAAUCGUAUUACAUUUUUAAGCACUUAAUUUUAAGGGAAAAUUAUAACAUUGUCCAUCUGCCUUUGCAUGACAGCAAGUUGUGCCGGAGCAUAAUUUGCGACUACUAUAAAGCGACAAGCGAAAAUGGUUAA